GUGUCCGGGGCUUAUUCCACUACAGUACUCUACAGGUCCACCGCGGCACUGCAUUACAUGGGCGUUUUCGAAUGGUUGAAAUUUCAGGAAUUUCAGUUUUGCGAGCACCCAGCAAUGGUCUUUCUUCCCCAACUCCAGCAUUAUAUAGCUAUUAUUCCAGGGGUGCCCAACUAUAGGGUUUGCACCCGUCCCUUGCAAUACAGGAUCGUCCUACACAUUCGUAUAUUCCUCCGUCAUACUCACAUUUUUCAUAGUAUUCUUCAAACUUACUCACAAAACAUGGGGAACUGCCUUCAACCAUUCACUACAGUAUAACCACUUAUGAACUGAGGGGUGACCCACCGACAUAAAGGGUGAGCUUUGUAACGGAUCCUGUAGGCGCAAAUUAAACUUUUCAUCCAAACCGCGUAUAUUUGGACUGACAAGCAAAACCUCGCAACUAGUGAGCGCCUCCAGUGAGGGAAACGGUGCUGCACGUUAACUGGACUCAACCUGCGCAGCGCGCAGUCGGGCCGGAAGGUGUCUCCUGCCAGAGAAGGGCAGCCACGGCCAUAGCAGGCAGCAGGAGCGAGUGCAUGGACCCGGGGAGGAAGUGAGGAGGAGACACCGCUUUAAUCCGCUGCUCAGUAGGAAAACGCCGCUUCAUUCAACCUGCAGAUCCAGGUGUGCGCUUACCUGCUGGACGGGUGUGCGGGGAGAUACCGAGUACAGGUAACCCUGGAAUAAGUGAAUAAGGGACAAUGAUCGGGGGAACUUAUUGAGCGGGCAAUCAGAAAGAAACUGCGCCAAGUCAGAAACACCUGCACCUGGAAAAUGGCGACCAGACCGACACGGCUCUAAACUGGCAAUAUUUUAGGAAUAAGGCUUUUUAAGGACUUUCGGUGAGAUCGUGGACUGGGACGACAUGUCAGUAAAUGAGCUGUUCACGAAGUACACGAGGGUUUGGAUCCCUGACGCAGAGGAGGUGUGGAAGUCUGCAGAAAUCACACGAGACUACAAGGAAGGAGACCCCAUCCUGCACCUCAAACUUGAGGAUGAAUCGACACUGGAUUAUUCUGUGGGCCCCAAGAGCAACCCCCUGCCCUUUCUGCGCAACCCUGACAUCCUGGUGGGGGAGAAUGACCUCACGGCGCUCAGCUACCUGCACGAGCCGGCCGUGCUACACAACCUACGGCUGCGUUUCCUGGAGUCCAACCACAUCUACACGUACUGCGGAAUUGUUUUGGUGGCUAUCAACCCUUACGAGCAGCUGCCGAUCUACGGGGAGGAAGUCAUCAAUGCGUACUGUGGCCAGAACAUGGGGGACAUGGAUCCACACAUCUUUGCUGUGGCAGAGGAGGCCUACAAGCAAAUGGCCAGAGAUGAGAAGAACCAGUCCAUCAUUGUGAGUGGGGAGUCGGGAGCAGGCAAGACCGUCUCUGCUAAGUAUGCCAUGCGCUACUUUGCUACGGUUGGAGGCUCAGCCAGUGACACAAAUGUGGAGGAGAAGGUUUUGGCUUCCAGCCCCAUCAUGGAGGCUAUCGGGAAUGCCAAGACCACACGCAACGACAACAGCAGCCGCUUUGGCAAAUAUAUCCAGAUCGGCUUUAACCAACAGUACCACAUCAUCGGCGCCAACAUGCGGACUUACCUUCUGGAGAAGUCUAGAGUGGUGUUUCAGGCUGAAGAGGAGAGGAACUACCACAUCUUCUACCAGCUGUGUUCUUUUGCAAACCUCCCAGAGUUCAAAGAUCUAGGCCUCACUAGUGCCGAGGACUUUAUAUAUGCUUCCAUGGGAGAGAGCAUCUUCAUUGAAGGAGUGAAUGACGCUGACGACUUCCGGAAGACCCGGAAAGCCUUCUCACUGCUGGGGGUGAAGGAGAGUGACCAGAUGAACAUUUACAAAAUCAUUGCUGCCAUCCUGCAUCUGGGAAAUGUAGAGAUCCAGUCUUUGAGGGACGCGGAGUCCUGUCACAUCUCUAAGGAGGACCCUCAUUUGCAGCACUGCUGCCGACUGCUGGGACUGGAGCAGGACCAGAUGGAGCACUGGCUGUGUCACAGGAAGCUGGUGACGACCUCAGAGACCUAUGUGAAAAGCAUGCCACGUGCCCAUGCGCUGAAUGCCCGCAAUGCUCUGGCCAAACAUAUCUAUGCCAAUUUGUUUGACUGGAUCGUACAGCACGUUAACAAGGCCCUAUACACCAUUAGCAAGCAGCACUCCUUCAUUGGUGUCCUGGACAUCUACGGGUUUGAAACUUUUGAGCAGAACAGCUUUGAGCAGUUUUGCAUCAACUACGCCAAUGAGAAGCUACAGCAGCAGUUCAACUCGCACGUGUUCAAGCUUGAGCAGGAGGAGUACAUGAAGGAGCAGAUUCCAUGGACCCUCAUUGACUUCUAUGAUAACCAGCCUUGCAUCGACCUCAUUGAGGCCAAACUGGGCAUUCUGGACCUACUGGACGAAGAGUGCAAGGUACCAAAAGGAACAGAUCAAAACUGGGCCCAAAAACUUUACGACCGCCAUUUAAGCAGUAACCAUUUUCAGAAGCCCAGGAUGUCCAACAUCUCAUUUAUUGUGAUCCACUUUGCCGAUAAGGUGGAGUACCAGUGUGAAGGGUUUUUGGAGAAGAACCGGGAUACGGUCUAUGAAGAACAGAUCAACAUCCUAAAGGCUAGCAAGUUCCAGCUAGUGGCAGACCUCUUCCAGGAGCUCAAGGAGAGCACUGGCUCUCCUACUUCCAUCACUAACACAACCACAAAAGGCCAGAAGAUCAGCGUUCGGCCUGCCAAGCCCAUCCUCAAAGCCUCCAACAAGGAGCACAGGAAGACCGUGAGCUAUCAGUUCCGCAGUUCCUUGCAUCUGCUGAUGGAAACCCUGAACGCCACGACGCCUCACUACGUCCGCUGCAUUAAACCCAACGACUACAAGGAGUGCUUCUCGUUUGACUCCAAGAGGGCUGUGCAGCAGUUGCGAGCAUGCGGCGUGUUGGAGACCAUCCGCAUCAGUGCAGCUGGGUACCCCUCCAGGUGGACCUACCUGGAUUUCUUCAAUAGAUACCGGGUUCUGAUGAAGAAGAAGGACCUGGCCAGCAAUGACAAAAAAGCCAUCUGCAGAAACUUCCUGGAAACCCAGAUCAAGGACCCGGACAAGUUCCAGUUUGGGAAGACCAAGAUCUUCUUCCGCGCAGGUCAGGUGGCAUAUCUGGAGAAGCUUCGUACCGACAAGUUCCGGGCUGCCUGCAUCAAGAUCCAGAAGACGGUGCGAGGAUGGCUGCAAAGGAUUCAGUACCAGAGAACCCGGAAGGCCGCGAUCCUGCUGCAGAAAUACGGCCGGGGUUACCUUGCACGCAGGUACGCCGAGUACUUGCGUCUCACUCGGGCUGCCGUCAUCUGUCAGAAGCAGUCCCGCAUGGUGCGAGAACGCAGGGCCUACCUGAGAGUCCGCCAGGCUGUGGUCACUAUCCAGGCUUUCACUAGGGGCAUGUUCACUCGCAGGCUCUAUCACGAGCUUUGGUUGAACCACAAAGCCACGAUCAUUCAGAAGUCGACGCGUGGUUGGAUGGAGCGGAAGAGGUUCCUGAGGGCCCGGAGCGCGGCGGUGGUGAUUCAGUGUGCAUACCGGUGCCUGCAGGCCCGUCGGCAGCUCAAGCAGAUGAAGAUCGAGGCGCGAUCUGUGCAGCACCUGAAGAAGCUGAACGUUGGCAUGGAGAAUAAAAUCGUACAGCUUCAGAGGAAGGUGGACGAUCAGAAUAAAGAAUACAAGACCCAGAAUGAGCAUCUUCUAGCCAACAACACCUCUCUGGUCACAGAGAUGAGCAAGCUGCAGAAGGAAUUGGACCAGGUGCGCAGUCUCCAUGGAGAUGGCAAUCAGCUGACCUCACUGCAGGAGGAGCUGGAGAGACUGAGGGCGGAGCUUAGCAAAGCUCAUGCUGAGCGGAAGAGGAUCGAGGAGGAGUACAGGAGUGAGAAGCAGGAUCUGGAACAGAGGGUGGAGGAACUGGAGGAGGAGAACUCCUUACUGAAGGUGGAGAAGGAAGAAAUGAACCAAACGAUCCUGCAGCAGUCUAGAAGUGCAGGGGAUAACAGCGUGUCACAGAAAGAGGGGCAUCUGCAGGCUGAGCUGGAUGAGGAGCGAUUGCGCUAUCAGAAUCUCCUGAAGGAGUUCUCCAGGCUGGAGCAGAGAUAUGACAACCUGCACGAGGAGGUGUCCCUGCCGAAGUUUCAGCCUGGCCACAGAAGGAACCCGUCCAAUCAGAGUAGCCUGGAGUCAGAUUCGAAUUACCCUUCCAUCUCCUCCUCUGAGGUUGGAGAGACAGAGGACUCAAUUCAGCAAGUGGAGGAGAUGGGCCUGGACAAGGCGGCCAUGGACAUCUCGCUGUUUCUGAAGCUGCAGAAACGUGUGAGAGAGCUGGAGCAAGAGCGUCGCAAGCUGCAGGUCAGCCUGGAGAAGAUGGAGGAGCUGGCUAAUCGCAAGGCUCUGGAACGCAAGACUUCUGUGGCAGAGCAGGAGUAUAGUGCAGACUCUGCGUACAACAACCUGAAGAGACAAGAGCUGGAAUCCGAAAACAAAAAGCUGAAGAACGACCUCAAUGAACUACGCAAAGCUGUGGCUGACAAUGCCUCGCAGAGCAGCUCCUCUUCAUCCAGUGAGCACCAGGAGGGCUACAACCUGCUGCUCAACCAGCUCAAGGCAGCCAAUGAGGAGCUGGAGAUUCGCAAGGAGGAAGUACUCAUUCUCAGGUCUCAGAUCAUGAGCUCCACCCAGGAGAAUGACACGGCCAAUCACGUUGAAACCAGCAGCAUGCCAGCGCAGAGCAACAGCAACAAGCACAUAGAUGAGGAGGAAGUGGUGCAAACUAACCAGGGACUGAGUGAGUCCAACAAGCUGCUGGAGGCCCAGUUACAGACACAGAGCCGACACCACGAGGAUGAAGUGGAGGCCUUGAAAACGCAAAUCGAGCUGCUCAGAGAUGACCUGGAGCACAAGCAGGAACUGCUCAACCACACGUUGGCGCUGCCCCCUGAUGCACAAGUGGACUUCAGCAUCCAGCAGGAAAUCACACGCCUCACCAAUGAGAACCUGGACCUGAAGGAAAUUGUAGAGAAGCUGGAGAAGAAUGAGAAGAAACUAAAGAAACGACUGAAGAUCUCUGAGAAGCGAGUGCAGGAGCUGGAGGCAUCCCAGGCCACGGCACAGCAGUCGCGGCCUCGUCCAGAGCUGUUCCGACAGGCAACCGUCCAGCGCAAAGAGAAGGACUUUGAGGGUAUGCUGGAAUACUGCAAAGAAGAUGAACCUCUUCUGUUUAAGAACCUCAUCACGGACAUGAAGCCCCAGCUGGAGUCAGCCACUGUUCCCUGCCUACCAGCCUACAUCCUGUUCAUGUGCAUUCGCCAUGCAGACUACAUAAAUGACGACCAGAAGGUUCACUCGUUGCUUACCUCAUCCAUUAAUUCCAUCAAGAAGGUCCUGAAGAAGCACAACAAAGACUUUGAGAUGCUGUCUUUCUGGUUGGCCAACACCAGUCGUUUCCUGCACUGCCUGAAGCAGUACAGCGGGGAAGAGGCGUUCAUGACACAGAACACUCCAAAGCAGAACGAACAUUGUCUUAAGAACUUUGACCUGGCUGAGUACCGACAGCUGUUGAGUGACCUGUCCAUUCAGAUCUACCAGCAACUCGUCAAAGUGGCCGAGGAGACCAUGCAGCCCAUGAUCGUGUCUGCCAUGUUGGAAAGUGAGAGCAUCAGUCUGGCGGGCAUCAAGCCUACAGGGUACCGACACCGCUCAUCCAGCAUGGAAUACGACGGGGAUGGGCCAGGCACCUACACCCUGGAGGCGCUGAUCCGACAGCUGAACCAGUUCUACAACACGAUGGCUGAUCAAGGCCUGGACCCAGAGAUCAUCCAGCAAGUGGUCCGCCAGCUCUUCUACUGCAUCAACGCCAUCACCCUCAACAACCUGCUGCUGCGGAAGGAUGUCUGCUCAUGGACCUCCGGUAUUCAGCUGAGAUACAACAUCAGCCAGAUGGAGGAGUGGCUGCGUGGGAAAAACUUACAUCAGCGUGGGGCUAUGGCCACCUUAGAGCCGCUCAUUCAGGCUGCCCAACUGCUUCAGGUCAAGAAGAAGACCUCCCAGGAUGCAGAGAAGAUCUGCUCUCUCUGUUCAGCUCUCACCAUGCAGCAGAUUGUGAAAAUCCUCAACCUGUACACUCCACUCAACGAGUUCGAAGAGAGGGUCACCGUGUCCUUCAUCCGAAACAUCCAGUCCCAACUACAGGUGCGGAACGACCCCCCGAUUCUCCUAAUGGACACCAAGCACGUCUUCCCCGUCCUGUUCCCCUACACUCCUUCAGCCCUGACUUUGGACACCCUGAAAAUUCCUGACUGCCUCAACUUAAACUUUCUCACUCGAGUCUGAAAACUAAACCAAAGGCAGAACGUUAUUUCCUUCUCCAUCUAUCAGUCAUGAAGGAUUAUUGAUUCUAAAAUCAUAAACAAGCCACGCCACGAGAAUUGACAAUACUCCUCUGGUUCUGUCUGGAUCAUUAUCUUGCUUAAAUUACACAGCUGGAUGAUUUGUGCCUUUCGAUCGAGAGAGAGAGAGAGAGAGAGAGAGAGGUCAGGUGUGAAUUACUCCCACCAUGUCAGCAUCAUCAAGUGUGUGGGUAGCGGGAAGUUUGAAGCGUGUGAAGAUGCAGAGUGGGGAGAAGACAUGGAAUGAUGAGGAGCUGAGAUAACCGACUGGUCAGAUUGUUUUGGCAAAGUUGAAGUUAAUUAGCAAGUGUACAGUAGUGCUUAUUAGUAAGUGAAGAUGGUCAAUGGCUGGACGCAGAGAAGACAGACUGUCUAAAAAUGACAAGGAAAGGAAAUAAUGGAGUUGGUACCUCAUUUAAAAAAAAAAUCUGCAGAAAAGAUAGAAUAAAUUUGACCUUGGCCAAGUGUGAAA